AUGGCUGCGGACGGCGUCUUUGACGAAAAGACGAGUCCUAAUCCCCUCGUCGAGGAGGGGCAGGCUGUCAAUCAUAGUGGCGGGAAAGAGAAGCGCCACGAAGGUCGUCAAGAUGCCGACGAUCUGGAACGCAGGGGCACGCGAGCCUCUUCCAACCUGGAGUACUCGGUUUUCUCGACUGGUGUGAAGCGAUAUAUCGUCGUUUGCUCGUCGUGCGCCGGCUUCUUUUCGCCCCUGUCAUCGCAGAUUUACUUCCCUGCGCUGAACACGCUGGCUACGGACCUAAAUGUAUCAAUUGGCUUGAUCAAUUUAACAUUGACUAGUUACAUGAUUUUCCAAGGCAUUGCCCCAGUCUUCAUCGGCGACUUUGCAGAUAAGGCCGGCCGACGACCCGCCUACUUCGUGUGCUUUGUUAUAUAUCUUGGCGCCAACAUCGGAUUGGCCUUGCAGAAUAGCUAUGCGGCGCUUUUUGUCCUUCGAUGCUUGCAGAGUGCUGGAAGUAGCACCACAAUUGCACUAUCUGCUGGCGUCGUAGCCGAUGUUGCAACUGUCGCCGAAAGAGGCAGUUAUAUGGGCUUUGUCACUGCUGGCUCACUGCUAGGCCCUGCCCUGGGCCCGGUCAUCGGCGGUCUUCUAUCGCAGUACUUAGGAUGGAGAUCCAUAUUCUGGUUUCUUGUCAUCAUAGCCGCCACUUGGCUGGUGCAGUUUCUUUUCUUCUACCCCGAAACCGCACGAAAGGUGGUGGGCAAUGGCUCCAUUCCACCCCCGACAUGGAACAUGUCGUUGAGCAGCUACCUCAAAGCGCGCAAAAUUCCCAAAGAAGACCUGAUUGCUGCAGAGGAGAUGCAGGAUUCUACAUCUCGCAAGCUUUCAUUUCCCAACCCUUUACCCACACUCGCCAUUGUCUUCCAGAAGGACACCAGCCUCCUACUCAUCUCAAACUCGAUCAUGUUCGCUGGGUUUUAUGACGUUGCGGUGGCCAUCACGUCCAUUUAUCAAACUAUCUACGGCCUAACCGACCUCCAGAUAGGACUAUGCUACCUCCCCUUCGGAGCCGGCGCGGCACUCGCAGCCCUCGUAAACGGACAAUUUCUAGACUACAACUACCGACGAAUCGCCAUACGCCUAGGGGUCCCCGUCGUGCGCAACCGGCAUACUGAUCUGAAGAACUUCCCGAUCGAAAAGGCGCGGCUGCAAAUGGCAUUUCCGUUAAUUGGCGGGGCAAUUUGUUUGGUGAUUGCAUUCGGGUGGUGCGUAGAUUUCGAAACGCAUCUGGCGGCACCAACUGUUAUCACUUUUUUCCUUGGCUUUUGUCUGACCAGCUCGUUCAAUACGGUCAGUACGCUGCUCAUUGAUCUGUACCCGGAUACUGCGGCUACUGCUACCGCGGCGAAUAAUAUUACUCGUUGUUUAUUGGGGGCUGGCGCGACGGCGGUGCUGGAACCGAUGCUGAAUGCUAUGGGUAGGGGGUGGUGUUAUACUUUUAUUGCCUUUGUUAUGGCGUCCACGACGCCCUUGUUGCUGUUGCUUAUUCGGUAUGGGCCUAGAUGGAGGGAGGAGAGGAGGUUACGGCAGGAUGAAACAGAGACGCAAAAUUUGCAUCAUGUCAUUUCACAUUGA